UAAUAAAAGAUCAUCCUCCAUCGGAAACAUAUAUCAAAAUCGAAUAACGAUGUCUUCUUCCUCUAUGUCGAAUCGCCAUGUUUCCGUCAUUUUGUUGGUUGUGGUGGCAAUGCUACUCUUUUUUAUACAGGGUGUAUUGUCUCUAAACCAGACCAAUGCUUAUCUGCAACACAUAUGCGUCAACAGUGACGGGAUAUACAAGUCGGAUAGUUCAUAUGAGAGCAAUGUCAAACAUCUCCUCGAGUUUAUGUCUUCACCUCUAGACUACGGUUUCACCAGCGGUACCAGUAGUAAUGACAUCUACGCCAAGUUCCAGUGUCGGGGCGACGUCUCUGAAUCCAAGUGCCGCUCUUGCCUUACCACCGCCUUCUCUGCGAUUCGUAGAAGAUGUCCGAAUAACAAAGGGAGAAUAAUAUGGUACGACAACUGUGUUCUCGACCUUUCUUCGAUUUAUACCUAUGAUAAAGUCGAUUACAAGCACAGUUUCUAUGUGUACAACGCGAAAGAUGUGAGCGGCAAUACAAAGUCGUUCAACAAGAACACGAACACUCUCCUCUAUAAGCUGAAGGAGAAAGCAACUAGGAAAGAGCAAGAGCAGUACACAAAAGACUACAUGUAUGCGACCGGGGAAGAAAGUCUCGGGACGAUGAAAUUGUACGCAAUGGUGCAAUGUACGCAGGAUUUAUCGAUCAAAAAUUGUAGUGUGUGUUUGGAUUGGAUAAUGGGGAAGCUUCCGAGAUGCUGCAACGGUAAACAAGGAGGAAGAGUUUAUAAUCCCAACUGUAAUUUUAGGUACGAGCUUUACCCUUUUUGUAAAAACUUAAAAGACUGUCUAAUGAGAGCUCCUAAAAAGGACAUUCAAGGUUAUAUGUAGACCUAACUUUAAAGGCGAUGCUUGUUCAAAGAUCAAUAGCACUCCCAGAAGAGAAAGUGAAGCUAAUUGAUCCCGAGUUGUUUGUUUCUUCUUUCUAUGAUGUGAUUUCUGUUCUCUUUUUUUGUAAAUACUAUCGAUAAUGCAAACAACAAUAAACUUGUUCA